UGAAACCAGCUCGCGACGACGACAUUUUAUCUUUGACCGUCGCGCGGUAAGAGUGUUGGUUUCGAUUUGUAAACAGAACAAAUACGAUAUUUCAGACGCUGGCUGGAAAGGCGUAUGACCUGGCUGGGCGGCAUUAAUUUUGUUUUCGCGUUAUUGUUUAUGGUUUGUUUGAUUCGUCACCGGCGUAGAUGUGUGCAAAUAAUGAUUUAGGCACCUACACGCAGAUCCGUGACCUUAUUGAGCGUAUUUCAUUAAAAACAACAAUAACCGCGACGCCAAACUUAUUCGUUGUUCUGAUUUCGUCUGCUGAAUCAAAAAAGGCUUCAGAGAUUCCAAUGAUUGAAAACAAAAAAAUGAUCGAACCGAGUUUGUAGUUAAUAAACAAUGGACGUCAGCAGCAUGCACAGUAAUAUUGGUAAUAGGAUGAGGAUGUGGCCAAACCGUCAGAGAAUCGGUUUGCGCAUACGGUCAGUUUCAGCUGGCCGUGAUAAACGAUCUGAAUUACGUAAUCGAUCAUGGGCAUUUUUGUUUGACAACUUGCGACGUAACAUUGAUGAAAUAUAUCAGAUAUGUGAAUCUGAUGAAAAUGUUUAUGAAUGCAAAGAAGCAAUUAUGGUUUUACAAAACUAUAUACACGAUUUUCAUAGUCUAGUUGAAUGGUUUCGACUGAAGUGGGAAUAUGAGCAUACUGAUCCACCUCAAAGGCCAAAUUUUCUUGCCUGGGAAAUCCGAGGUGCUUCCCCUAGAAAAAUGCUCCAAAAGCCCCCCAGUAUUUCUCCUGGGUUAACCAGGAGAAAAUUGGAUCUCCUGUCUGAAUCUAUAACUAGUGAUAAAAGUACUAUUAAUUCUACUCAAUUGGAAAAAGAAGAAAUUACUAAAGAAAGUAUUUCGAUUGAAAAGUUGUAUACUAAUCAAUGUAGUCAAACUGAUUUUGAUUCUGUUGCCAAAAAUACAAAUUUAGAUACUUCUAAAAAAGUAUUUAAACCUAUAACAAAACCAGUUGUUAAAUCUUUGGCUCCAGAUUGCAGUCAAAGAAAAAAAAUUCCGGUUCUUGUUCCUAAACCAGUCAAAGUAUUAAAAUCAAAAGAUGAUGAAAAGGAUAAGCCAAGAACUGAUCUGUUAAAAAAACAAUCUACAUCAACUCCUCGCUUAACAAAACCUACAAUUAAUAAUACAAAAGCUAUUGAGAGUAUAAAAAAAAAUCCAUCAACUCCAAUUUCUAAAGAAAAUAAGGAAAAAUGUAAUGAAAACAAAAAUGUUACAGAAGACCUGGAAAAAUUGCACAACUUAAAUAAUACAACACAUAAUUGUAUUGAUCAUUCGAAUAAUGAAGAAGAAAAUAUGAGUCAAAAAUUAAAUUUGGUCAAAUCUAAAAGAAAAUCUAUUGAUUCUGUUAAUAUGGUUCAUAAUGUUACAGAAAAAAUUGAAAAAUUAACUCGUUCAAAAACAUCAAUUGAUUUAAAAGCUCCAAAAAUGUCCAAACGUGGAAUUGUUAAAGGAAAUGAUGGUUGGGAAACUGUUAUAAGGUCUCGCCGUAGUAAUCCAUUAACACAAAGUUCAAGUAAUAUUAAACUUAAAUCUUCAUUUGAUAUAAAAAAACGUUUUCAAGUACCAUCAUCAGCUAGUUCUAUGCCUGCUUUAGCUGUUAUUACAUCUAAUCCAGAAGAACCAAAGCCUAAAAAUAUUUUACCUGAUAAAAAUGAUCGACCUAUUAUAUCCAAUGCAGUUGAAUUUCCAAAAAAGAAAUGUAAACCAGAUAAGCCACCUGUUCAAAAAAACAAAAUAAUUGAUCAAAUGAGGAAAGAAAUGCUAAAAGAUAAAAUUGAAGAACAACGAAUAUGUGAUGAAGAAUUGUUGCGUAAUAGACAAUUCUUUGAUGAAGAAAUGAUGUUGGCUAGAGAAAUACGAGAAUUAGAAAAUGCUGAAAGUAGCUGUAGUGAUGAUAUGACACAAUCUGAUCGUUAUUCAGAUCUUUUGGACAAUAUGAUAUUGACAGAACGGAUGUAUACAAUAAAUGAAAUAAAAGCACUGAUUCAAUAUGGCAAUGAAAGCGCUAUUGAUUCUAUUGCAAUGCCUUCGUGGGAUAUAUGCAGAUCUACAGAAUCAAUUAAACAAACCUAUAGUGCUAGACAAGCUAAAGCUCAUCAAAAACGCCAGCAGUUAUUGCAAGACAAAUCAACUAAAGUUCGUGAACUUCUGAAAAAGGUUGGUGAAAGAAAAAUGUUGCAGAGUCAAUUAAUUGAUGAAAAACGUAUAAAUAUAGAUAAAAAACUUAAGCGUGCUGAAGAAAAUCGUAAGAUACACUUGAGACAAAUUCAAAGAAAAGCUCAUGAUGAAGAAGAAAAACUUCGUGAAAUAGCUUUUAUCAAUGAGUUGGAGGCUCAAAAUCGACGUCAUGAUAUUCUUACUCUUUGGCAAGAACAAGAAGAUAGGUUACAAACAAUAUUAGAAGAACGUAAACGUAAUCAAGAGCGAAAAGCUGCUAAAGAAGCUGCUGUUGAGGAACGUUUAAAAGCAUUAGAAGCUGUACGUCAAGAACGUAUUGAACAAAUAUUAGAGCGGAGACGAAUAAAAGAGGAACGAAUUGGUAGAGAACAACAAGAAAAAGAAAAAGAAAGGCUUGAACUAGCUAGAGAAAAAGCUAAAGAGAGAGAAAACAAAUUAACUGCUUUGUAUGCAGCUCAAAUGGCUAGUACUGAAGAAUUACAAAAAAAAAUUCAACAAAAACAAAAUGAAUCGGCAAAGCGACACGAACAAAAUAUUGAGCAUAUAAGACAACGAGCUCUUGAUUUAGGUGUUCAGAAAAAUGAUGUUGAUAUGGAAAGAUAUUGCCCUUCUUGUGAAAUGUUGUUUGAAACAGUUAUUGCUUUGCAUCAUCAUUUGCGGACAAAAACUCAUAAAGAACGUAUAAAGAAAAUUAAAAAACUAACCAAAGUGGAACAUUUUAUAGUAGAUAAGUUUAGUCAGGAUAUAAAAAAGAAGAAAUUAAAGAGAGUUAAAUCUUUUGAUACUAUUUCGAUGGAUACAGAUAUUACUGAUGAAAAAACAGAUAGCAAAUUAAGGAUGAAAAACAAUCGCAAAAGAUGUAUGAAGUUAAGAUAUAGAAUUUUGACUAGGAGUAAGAAAUUUGAAGAUAAUUCACUUAAAUUAGAUUCAUCGGUGGACAAGACUACAAUAGAGAUUUGUGUCAAUGCUAUUGAUAAACAUCUUAACGAACUAAACAAUGAACAAUGGUCCAAAAGUGCGUUGAAAAAUCUGGAAACAAAGUUAAUGUUUUUAGAAAAACGUUCAAAUGAAAUUUCAACGAAAGAUUUUCAAUCAUUGGUUUCAAGAAGUGAUGGAUUGACAGUUCUAAAUAAAAUAUUAAUCAUGGGACUAAAUGAAAAUAAAGUGAUAAAUACUUCUGAAUUUCUUAUCAAAUAUGUAAUGAAGGCAAACAAAUUAUUUUUAAAAUUGUGCAAUCAUAGUGAAACAAAUUCAAAAAAUGUGAUCUUUUCACAAAACAUCUUCACUAUUUUGGAUUUACUUACAGCUGAGUUAAACAAAAUUAUACCUGAUACUGGAGUUGAAAGUAAUUUUAAAAUGAAAGCUCAAACAGAUUGUGCAAUAAGUGGACAGUUAUUGGAAUUGUUAAUGACUGUUUUCUUGUCAUUUAAAAUUGAUGAUCAAGAAGAUAAUGAGCAUGUUCGUGACUUGAUUAGCUAUAUAUGUUAUAUUGGUGUACUAGACAAGAUUGUACAAUUUUUUACAUUAGUAAGAGAUAGUUACCCUGAAACCAAUGGACAUGUGACUAAUUUUGUCAUACAUUGUUUAUCUUUUAUUGGCAGCCUAUCUGAAAUCAACAUUGGUCCAUCAGUUAAAAAGUUCACAGAUAUUCUGAAAAAUACUGAACUAUUAGGUGUAAUGCCAGUUUUAUAUAGUGUAUUGUUACGGGAUGACUGUAGUGCUAAUGGACUAGGUCCAACAGAUUUAUCUGCUGCCGUACUCAAAGUUACCAAAGCUGUAUUCAGCAUGUUGACAUCAAUUGCUAAAAUGAAUCCAGAAACAUUCCAAGAAGUGCUUGGAGCUGAAAGUUUAUCUGUUCAAUUCCGGCAUAUCGCUAGAUAUUUAUUAUGGUUUUGUUCUGAAAAACCAGAAAAUAAAGAUAUAUUAAAUAAUGUUAUUGUUGCUGUUGGAUAUUUUACUUUAAACAGUGCUCAGCAUCAAUCAAUGUUACAGUCUGGACAAUCUCCAACUGUGCUCCAAUUACUUUGUACGUUACCAUUUCAGUAUUUCAGCAAUCCCACAUUGACUUCAAUACUGUAUCCUACACUCUUAGCGUGUUGUUCAAAUAAUACACACAAUAGAGUAUUAGUGGAAUCAGAAAUAUGUUUUGAUUUACUUGAAGAAUUUCAAAAAUCCACUCAAAGUCAAAGCACACAAAUUAUUCAGUUGAUAAAGUAAUGCGUCUCCAUGGCAUAAUUUAUAACUAUUUCAAAUUAUACAUAUAUUACUUAAAUAAAACAUGUUUAUGCCUUAAAGUAAAUUUAAGAGUACACCAACAAGUGGAAUUAACAUACUAGUCUGUUAACGUUGUGAUAAACAAAUUAUUGUGUAGAUGUUUCAUUAGAAUUUAAUUAUAAUGCUAAAAAUAAUACUAGUAUUAAUUAUUG